AUGCAGAACACAGCUCCGCACGUGGUGGGGACGGCGGGUGGGCAAGCGGUGGCGCUAAGGAUAUCCGGCAGUAAGGCCGCCUUUUACAAUUGCAGUUUCUACGGUGGCCAAGACACUCUGUACGAUCACAAGGGCCUUCACUAUUUCAGUAAUUGCUUCAUACAGGGCUCUGUCGACUUUAUCUUCGGCUACGGGACAUCACUUUAUGAGAAUUGCUACUUGAACUCGAUAGCGAAGAAGGUGGCUUCAGUCACGGCUCAAAAGCGCACAAACUCAUCGCUCUCAAGUGGGUUUUCAUUCAAAGAUUGCACCAUAACUGGGUCAGGCUCCAUCUACCUUGGCCGGGCAUGGGCCGAUUAUUCGAGGGUUGUUUUCUCUUACACUUUCAUGGACAAAAUCGUCCUUCCACAAGGAUGGAGCGAUUGGGGCGAUAAAAGUCGCGACCAGAAAGUGUAUUAUGGAGAGUACAAAUGCAGCGGGGCAGGUUCUAACCUCACCGGACGAGUUGCCUGGGCAAGAGCACUGACCGAUGAGGAGGCCAAGCCGUUCAUUGGCACAUAUUUCGUCGAUGGGGACACGUGGAUUAUUCACCCUUCAGCUUAUCAGAUUUAA